AUGUCGAAAGCAGCAUCAGUAGAUCCUCCCCAAAUCCAGGAAGAUGAUCGCAGACCGAAGUGGGAUAAUAAGUUACAGUAUAUUUUAAGCUGCGUUGGAUUUGCUGUAGGGCUUGGGAAUGUCUGGCGUUUUCCAUACUUGUGCCAAACUUAUGGAGGAGGGGCAUUCCUAAUCCCAUACUUCAUUGCACUCGUGUUUGAAGGAAUCCCGUUGUUUCAUCUUGAGCUGGCCGUAGGGCAGUGUUUGAGGAAAGGGAGUGUUGGAGCCUGGACAACCAUAUCACCUUACCUGGGAGGAGUUGGUUUUGCUUCUCUGAUCGUGUCAUUCUUAGUCAGUCUCUAUUAUAAUACUAUUUUGGCCUGGGUAUUGUGGUAUUUCAUGAAUUCUUUCCAAGACCCCUUACCUUGGAGUAGCUGCCCACUCAAUGGCAACAGAACAGGAUUCAUUGAAGAAUGUCAUAAAAGCACUGCUGUAAAUUAUUUCUGGUACCGACAAACAUUGAAUGUAACCUCAGAUAUCACAGAGAGCGGCACCAUGCAGUGGUGGCUGCUUUUGUGCUCUGCGUCUUCCUGGAUUAUUGUGUUUAUCUGCACCAUUCGUGGGAUUGAAUCUACUGGAAAGGCGAUAUAUAUCACAACCACAUUUCCUUACAUCGUUCUAACGAUAUUCCUUAUUUAUGGACUGACUCUGCCAGGAGCCACUGAAGGGCUGAGCUAUCUCUUCACUCCGAAGCUGAGCAUCCUCAACAAUCCACAUGUGUGGCUUGAUGCAGCCACCCAGAUUUUCUUCUCUCUCUCUCUGGCAUUUGGGGGCCACAUAGCGUUCUCAAGCUACAACUCAGCAAAAAAUGACUGUGAAAAGGAUGCUGUCAUCAUAGCAGCUGUGAAUAGUAUGACUUCUCUGUACGCUUCAAUCCCAGUUUUUUCAGUUUUGGGGUUUAAGGCCACAGUUGGCUACUGGGACUGUUUGGAUAGGAAUAUUAUAGACCUCAUCAAUGGAUUUGAUCUGGAGGAACAAAGUAUCACAAGAGACAACUAUACAAUUUGGCUUGAGGCAUUAAACACAACAUCUCCACACAAAAUUUCUGCCCUUGCGCUGACAAAGUGUGACCUUCAAGAAUUCCUUGAUCAGAGUGCUUCUGGAACCGGUUUGGCCUUUAUUAUGUUCACGGAAGCCGUUGUCCAGAUGCCCGGGUCUCAGGUGUGGGCAGUCCUGUUUUUCAUCAUGCUGUUCAGCCUGGGUCUGUCUUCCAUGUUUGGAAAUGUUGAAAGCAUCAUGACUCCUCUCUUAGAACUUCCCCUUGUGACAAAAUAUGUAUCCAAGGAGGCUCUGUCUGGUCUCAUCUGCCUGGCCUGCUUUUUGACAGCGUUGUGCUUUACUCUGAGAUCAGGGAGCUACUGGCUGGAGGCCUUUGACCGCUACGCAGGAUCCAUCCCACUCUUAGUCAUCGCAUUCUUCGAAGUGGUUGCAGUUGCAUAUGUCUAUGGGAUUGAAAGGUUCAGUGCCAACGUGAAGUGGAUGACUGGACGGCAACCCAAUUUUUACUGGCGAAUCACAUGGCGAGUCAUCAGCCCUCUAUUAAUGCUAACUGUCUUUGUGGCCUACGUAGCUUUUCAGAGUCAGAGGCAACCAGGCUACGGCGCAUGGAACCCAAACUAUGAAGGUUUUCCUGCAAAAGAACAGAAAGUAUAUCCAAACUGGGUCUUGGCCAUCUGUGUUCUGCUAUCAAGCCUUCCGUGUGUGUCCAUCCCUGGGGUAGCCCUGUACCACUUUGGGAGAAACAAGUUAAAGCGACAGCUGUCCACACGCACUGCUCGAGACUGA